CAUUACUGCCAAUUUCUAACCCGCACACACUAAACAGCUGUGGAAAUUAGCCAUGAAAUCAAUAUUUUUCCUUGUUCUCCUAAUUACCUGUCUUAUUCAAGGUAACGAGGUGGCAGCAAAUUCAAAUGUAAAGCUCUGCAAGUUCGCGAGCAUGCAAUUAGAUACAUAUGGUCUGACUUAUCAUUCCCUUGUCAAUGUCUGCAACGUUCAAUGCCUAAAAUUGUAUGGACAUUCCGUUUCUGGACGUAUUCCAAAGUACGGAUUU